AUGGAACGUCAGUGCAAGAGAACUUCGAAUCAACUGUGCGGCCUUCAUGCGGUACCACCAAUGUCAUGCGCCUCGGCCCGGCCUCUGAGCGCAACCACCUCUUCUUCGACUUUUUCGAUGGUAGCAGGGGCCACCACACUGCCUUUGACAAUCGGCACAGUCGCCUGGGUGACAUUGAGUCACGAAAGGACGUGUACAAGUGGGACAUCCUGGGUUGAAGCCUCCAAGCUGGCACGUAGAGGCAGACACUGUGUCAUUCCAAAUUCGCCAGCAGCCCAACUUGCCCUGAUCUACCAGCAAGUCAAACCUCCACAGGUCCUCAUUGACUCCACCGAACCUUCGGGUGCUUCUCUCCCUCUUCAAACGCGACAUCCCACCUUGGGUGGUCUGGAGGCGAAAUUGCCGGCGUGGCAGAAUGGCAUCAGUGCUCCCAAUUCUCAGCAGAAACAAGCGGCGCCGCCGCAAUCAGUUCAGUCCCAUGCUGACCAAUUGUUUCCAUCGACU